AUGGAGAUGAUGAUGGACAAUCGCGGGGAUGUGGGAGGCAAGGGAAGAAUUUCACUCUCCUCGCAUAGUCCCUGGUGUGGAAUAGAACAGGGGCAUGUCGUUCACUUCUUUUGUGUACCGAAUCGCAUGAUCCGAGACACUGUAUUCCAGGUCCCCUCCCCGGGGCGUGAGAUCAUUAUGGGUUCACGGCAGCAGUUCUGCUUACGGUGGAACAAUUACCAAAGUAAUUUGUCGACGGUGUUCGAACAAUUGCUGCAGACGGAAGCCUUUGUGGAUGUGACUCUCGCUUGUCAGGGAAACGCAGUGAUCAAGUGUCACAAAAUGGUGCUCUCCGCUUGUAGUCCUUACUUCCAAUCCUUGUUAAUGGAGAACCCAUGCCAGCAUCCUAUUGUGAUAUUGAAAGAUCUCCGCUAUGAAGAAUUGCGGACCCUCGUCGAGUUCAUGUACAAAGGUGAAAUCAACGUGCUUCAAGAUCAAAUCCCAAGCCUUUUGAAACUGGCCGAGACAUUGAAAAUCAAAGGGUUGGCGGAAGUGAGAAACGAGGAGUGCAAACCAGGUUCUCCCCCCAAGGACAAUAUCGGAUCGUGUGGGACUGGGACGCACCCUUUGCCGCCACCAGCUGUACCUGUACCACCCCCACCCCCUGGUGCACCGCCACCUAUGAUAACCAUGACUCGACCGCCUCCCCCGGCGUCCCUCGUCCCUUCCUUGGUCAUGAACGGACCGAAACGGAGGCGAUUAUCUUACUCAGGAUUGGAUAGUGGGUGUGGGAGCCCGGCGGAACUCCUGGAGACGAACCUGGAACUUCAUCAUCCCCAGGCGUUACUGCCUCAUCCUCUUCCUCGCCCUGAGCCUUCCAUGUCCCAAGACGAAGAAAUCCGGCCUGCCAUUGCCGAGAUGAUCAAAGAGGAAGAACGGGCAAUGCUGAUGGAGAACGCAAAAAUGCUGGACAACUCUGUUGUGAGCGAGAAUGGCCAUAGCAGCUGUGGUAUUCCUGCAGGACCCUGGAAUCCUAUCGCCCAGCCGAGUGCUCCUGGAAUUAUAGACUGGCCCAAGGAAAAUGAGGCAUGUGAUGAGCAUCCAAAUGAAGUAGAUGAAAUGUGUUCAGAUCCAAGUUUUAAGUGUGACUCUCAACAUGGAGUGGGGAUGGAAGAAGAUAUAAGCCCACCAUAUCCAGAAACAGGGAAGGGCUUCUUCCUGACCAAGGAAAGUCGGGAAGCAGCCAUCAGGAAAGGCAUGGAUCUGGUGCAGCAAGGCAUUUCCAUCAAACGAGCAGCUGUGGAAUGCAACAUCCCCGUCAUGACUCUGUGGCGGAGAGCUAAGCAAGGCGGACUUCUCACUAACAAAAGACAUCAUUCUGUGCAAUACCAGAUGCAAAAUCUGUGGCAGAAAGCUUGGGCCCAAAACCAGUCUUUGAUCCAAAACUUGCGCUUUCGAGAAAGAGGCCCUUUCAAGUCAUGGAAACCAGAAACCAUGGCUUCUGCAAUCAGAGGAGUUCUCAAUGAAGGCUUGUCACUUUCAGAAGCAGCCAGAAAACAUGACAUCCCUUACCCAACAUUUGUCCUCUAUGCCAACAAAGUCCACAAUAUGCUUGGUCCCUCUCCAGGAGGCUCAGAGCUGAGGCCAAAGGGACGAGGUCGGCCACAAAGAAUACUCCUUGGGAGCUGGCCUGAGGACCAAGUGGAGUCUGUGAUCCGUGCAGUGGUCUUCAGGGAGACUGCUAACUCCAUCCCAUAUUCUGGAUCACCUCAGGGUCGAGUGAGCAUGUCUCCCGUGGCAUCACCUUACUGCAACAGCCCACCUGAGAUGAAUCAGGAAGAAAACUCAGAGCAAAGUCUUGGGGAAGGGGAUCUGGUGGUGAAAAUGAAGACAGAGCAUGGAAGUGGAACCAUGACCAUUCAAGAGAGUGAGGACAGUGCAGACAUCAUCUCUGACACUCCUCCCAUCCCAAUUACAACACUCGAUGAAACCCCUACCUUUGCUUCAAUCACUACCAUGGAAGGCCAAGACCACUAGCCAGGCAUUAACAUGUUUGAGAUUCAGAGAUUAUACUUGAAG